AUGAUGGUGCGUUUGCGCUUGACCACCAAGCAGGUCAAUGGUGGCUACUACAAGGGAAACCGGACCGGCUCCAUGGGCCACUUCGACAAGAGAGGCACGUACAGGCCCGAUUUGUCAAAGCACCGUGUUUAUAUGCCUGCGAAAAAACUCGAAAUUCCGGGGAGGUAUUACACUCCUGAGACUUCGAAGGAGCCAUUCAACCUCGCUCCCUUCAUCACAAAACACAUGCGCAGAACCCCGUCGAACUACGUUCAAGAUAUCGAGAGAAAUGGCCGACGGAGUACCGUGAUCAGAGGAUUUGAAGGCCACGACUAUUUGGAGAAGUGGGCCGACACCGCUGAAGCCGCAGAGGCCCGACUAGCACAACCGUACCCUGAGAAUAUCAAGACGAUUGAGUCUAAGUCGGCCUUGCAGGUCGAGCAGCCUGACCAGACCGAGCAGAUCGAGCAGACUGAGCAGACUAAGAGUCCAAAGCCGACCCAACAACCGACCCCAAUGCCCAACACUCCUGAGCCUAAACACAAGAAGUUCCUCUUCUAG